GCUUUCCCGGCAUGCCGCGCGGCACGGCUCGCUGCUCUGCGCGGGGCCCGGCGUGGGGCACUGAGAUGGCGGCUGCUGCGCAGGGGCUGUGAGGCCUAGUAGGAGCCGGGGAGAUGGCCGGGGAAGUGCCCGACAAGAAGGAGCGGGACCCGUCACCCCCCAAGGAGGAGAGGAAACGCUCGCGCUCCCCAGACAGAGAUCGCGACAGGAAGAGCUCCCCGUCCAAGGAGAGGAAGCGGCACCGGUCCCGGGAGAGGAGGCGGGGCAGCCGGUCCAGAUCCCGCUCCAGGUCCAAGUCAGCAGAGAGGGAGCGGAGACACAAAGAGCGGGAGCGCGAGCGGAAUAAGAAGGAUCGCGAGCGGGAGAAAGAUGGACACCGGCGGGACAAGGACAGGAAACGCUCCAGAAGCUUGUCCCCGAGCCGAGGCAAAGACUCCAAAUCGCGGAGGGAGCGAGAUUUGCGGAGGGGGGAGGAGGAGGAGGAUGCGGCGCUGAAGAAGGAGAAGGCCCAGCCUCUGUCUCUGGAGGAGCUGUUGGCCAAGAAGAAAGCUGAAGAGGAGGCCGAGGCCAAGCCCAAGUUCCUGUCCAAGGCAGAGCGGGAGGCCGAGGCACUGAAGCGGCGUCAGCAGGAGGUGGAGGAGCGGCAGAGGCUGCUGGAGGAUGAGAGGAAGAAGAGGAAGCAGUUUCAGGAUCUAGGGAGGAAGAUGAUGGAGGACCCCCAGGAGCGCGAGCGCAGGGAACGUCGGGAACGCAUGGAACGAGAGACCAACGGCAACGAGGAUGAGGAGGGGAGACAGAAAAUCCGUGAGGAGAAGGACAAAAGCAAGGAGCUGCAUGCCAUCAAGGAGCGGUACCUGGGCGGGAUCAAGAAGCGCAGACGCACCCGGCACUUGAAUGACCGAAAGUUCGUCUUUGAGUGGGAUGCGUCGGAGGACACGUCCAUCGACUACAACCCACUGUACAAGGAGCGGCACCAGGUACAGCUGCUGGGCAGGGGCUUCAUCGCCGGCAUCGACCUGAAGCAGCAGAAGCGGGAGCAGUCGCGCUUCUACGGGGACCUGAUGGAGAAGAGGCGGACGCUGGAGGAGAAGGAGCAGGAGGAGGCCCGGCUGCGUAAGCUGCGGAAGAAGGAGGCCAAGCAGCGCUGGGACGAUCGGCACUGGUCCCAGAAGAAGCUGGAUGAGAUGACGGACAGGGACUGGCGUAUCUUCCGCGAGGAUUACAGCAUCACCACCAAGGGGGGCAAGAUCCCCAACCCCAUCCGCUCCUGGAAGGACUCCUCCCUGCCCCCCCACAUCCUGGAGGUGAUAGACAAGUGUGGCUACAAGGAGCCCACCCCCAUCCAGCGCCAGGCCAUCCCCAUUGGCCUGCAGAACCGCGACAUCAUCGGUGUGGCUGAGACCGGCAGCGGCAAGACGGCUGCCUUCCUGAUCCCGCUGCUGGUGUGGAUCACGACGCUGCCCAAGAUCGACAGGAUUGAGGAGUCGGACCAGGGCCCCUACGCCAUCAUCCUGGCCCCGACCCGUGAGCUGGCCCAGCAGAUUGAGGAGGAGACCAUCAAGUUCGGGAAGCCUCUGGGUAUCCGCACAGUGGCUGUAAUUGGGGGCAUCUCCCGGGAGGACCAGGGCUUCCGGCUGCGCAUGGGCUGCGAGAUUGUCAUUGCCACGCCUGGGCGGCUCAUUGAUGUGCUAGAGAACCGCUACCUGGUGCUGAGCCGCUGCACCUACGUGGUGCUGGACGAGGCAGACAGGAUGAUCGACAUGGGCUUCGAGCCCGACGUGCAGAAGAUCCUGGAGCACAUGCCCGUCACCAACCAGAAACCUGACACCGACGAGGCUGAGGACCCGGAGAAGAUGCUGGCCAACUUCGAGUCGGGGAAGCACAAGUACAGACAGACUGUGAUGUUCACGGCCACCAUGCCCCCGGCGGUGGAGCGCCUGGCCCGCAGCUACCUGCGCCGCCCUGCCGUGGUCUACAUCGGCUCGGCCGGCAAGCCACACGAGCGCGUGGAACAGAAGGUCUUCCUCAUGUCCGAGGGGGAGAAGAGGAAGAAGCUGCUGGCCAUACUGGAGCAGGGCUUCGACCCGCCCAUCAUCAUCUUCGUCAACCAGAAGAAGGGCUGCGACGUGCUGGCUAAGUCCCUGGAGAAGAUGGGGUAUAACGCCUGCACCCUGCACGGUGGCAAAGGCCAGGAGCAGCGAGAAUUCGCCCUCUCCAACCUGAAGGCCGGUGCCAAGGACAUUCUCGUAGCCACGGACGUGGCUGGGCGCGGUAUCGACAUCCAGGAUGUGUCCAUGGUGGUGAACUACGACAUGGCCAAGAACAUCGAAGAUUACAUCCACCGUAUUGGCCGCACGGGCCGAGCCGGCAAGAGUGGAGUGGCCAUCACCUUCCUGACCAAGGAGGACUCCACAGUCUUCUAUGACCUGAAGCAAGCCAUCCUGGAGAGCCCGGUAUCGUCGUGUCCCCCGGAGCUGGCCAACCACCCUGAUGCCCAGCACAAGCCGGGCACCAUCCUCACCAAGAAGAGACGGGAGGAGACCAUCUUUGCCUGAGUCCCAGGGAGCCGUGGGACUUCAACAGCUGGGUCCUGGCUACCUGGUUGCCUUCUACUACCAGCCAGCAGACUUGGGGUGCCAGGAGCUGCCUGGCCUUUGUAACCAGCCUCCCCCUUCAGCGGGGAGCUCUGCAGGUCAUUUGUGACCCCCAGCCCCUCGGUCAAAGCGGGACUGAUGGAGGAAGAGCCCCCGUUUGGGGCAGCAACUCUGUCCUUGUGUUCCCAGGCCUGAGCUUUAAACAGAGCCUGGAUCCGGAGCCAGGCCCCUCAGGCUGGGUCCCGGUGCUCCACCGAGGACAGUGCUUGCCAGGAGAACACCUAGGACCAAACUAGGCUGGCUGUGCUCCGGUCCCCCGCGGGGUGGGGCUGUGCCCGGCUCCUGAUCCCCAUCCAGUCCUGACUCCCAGGAAGUGUCAGGGGCUGGUCCCUGUGCAGAAAAGCUGGGACUGAGCAGCCACCAGCCAGCUCCUCCCUCCUCCAGCCUGUAGCCUCAACUCCUGCCAUUUGCAGGCGGCCGAGGCCGUGGGGCUCAGCAGUGCCCGCAGGCUGCCUCUCCCCAGGGGGGCCCUGGCCUUGAGGGGGCAGAGCCCCCUCCACCCAUUGUUUUAAGGGGUUAAGCCAAACCCUUCUCACCUGGUAUGGGGACAGCGGUGGGGGUGGGGGUGUGAGAGAUCUGGCCCCUACUAGCUCCCAGGAGCUUUUGCUGGCACCUGCUAUCCUUUUGGGGGCGUUGUUCCUGUGUUCCCAUCAGCCAGUGGGAUUCUCGCUUGGGCCCUUUUUUAUGUAUAAAUUCUUGUUGACUCUGAGGCGAAAAGCAGGAAUAAAGCUGCCGAGAGCGUC